AUGAAAAUGAUCAAAACAUUAAGUAGAUUAAUUAUUUCAUCACCAAAGAAAUGUUAUUAUGAUUCAUUAACUGGUUUAAUUUAUGAUUUAUCAUUCAUAUUACCUAAUUUGAUUGUAUGUUCAGGUCCUGUAACAAAUUCUUAUUUCAAUUCUUUUUUUAGAUAUGAAUUAAAUGAUUUAAUUAAAAUACUUUCUUUCAAUUUUGGUAAUCAGUGGCAUUUAUUUAAUUUCAAAGGUGAAGAUCCUGGAUAUUUAGAUUCUGAAGUAUUUGGAAAAGUUUCACAUUAUCCUUUCCCGGAUCAUUAUCCACCAACAUUAAAAAUCUUGAAAUUGGCAGUUUUGGAAAUUCAUAAAGUGAUUAAAUCUGGGAGGCGUUGCUAUUUUACAUUGUUUGAAUGGUAA